CAAGCAGGCCGGAGCAGGCAAGAAGAUCUUCUCUGCCCAGCGUCCUGCGACUUGGUACUAGACUUCUUGACGUUAUAUACCUCUUUUAGCGCUAGUGAAAAAGCCCUUUCUGCAUCCACCCUGACUAUAACUACUACUACAAGUGCUUGUCCCAUGCCAUGAAUACCAUCUUGAGCGCGUCUGUCUGGUGUGAAGUCCACGGGCCAGUCAACAUCUUCUGUACGCAGGCCAUGGAACAGGCAGCGCAGCCAGACACACAGACACAGACACAGACACAGACAACGACAUCCUCCGCUACGAGUGCUGCAACAGCGCAACAGACCCACCCUCUUCCACCGCGCUCCUCCAAAGCAUCCUGCGCAUCAUGCAGCUUCACCCUCCCACCUGACCUGCAAAGCAGCGCUGCACCUCUCCUCAAAACACAAGAUGGCAACCACGUCUACCUCUCACAACGCCAUCCAACCGAUCCUGAACGCUAUAAAAUCCUACGCAGCAGUUGCAUCCGUGCCUUAUCCGGAGAAAUGGUACCCGGUCGUAGCGGACCCAUUUUCUUUGGUGAUCCGAGUAUUGGGUAUAACAUUGCAACCAUCUUUCGCUUGACUGAUCAUGCUGCUGGUGGGAGUACGAAGCGUACUUUUUGCUUCAUGUGUACGAGCACGGAAGAACAAGAUCUACUGAGGAGCUAUACAUUCAUUACAGAUCGUUUUGCAGCAUUGGUGGAGAAAUUGGUGGCAGCUUCACAAAAUGCAACGCAACACGCUGUAGAAGCACAGGUGGAGUCGAGUAUCGGCUUGCCGGUGGGUGAAUCUAUUGCAUCGACACCUGCGCUGGUACCACAGGGUUUCCUACGCACAAAAGGACGUGCUGCUGCGUGUGGCUUGCCUGAAUUGACGGGGAUGCCGGAUGUGUUUGUGCAAGUACAUGCUGUCUUUGCUUGGCUGUUGCGUGCAUGGAUGCAGCAUUUUGAUGGGAAAGAUGCCAUGUCCUCUGCAGACAGUGUUUUGAACUGAGCUAGGUGUGACUUUCAAAGUUUGAUUAUGAUGUAUCCUUUAAUGUACAGAGAGGCUCCCUUCCCACAUCUCUAUGAACCUAGCGUGAAUUAACACUUGCAGUCGAGCACCUCCAAGAUGGCAGGACCAGCAAGGAUGUUGGAGUCAUUGGGCACAUCCGUUGAUGCAGUGGCAACAACAUACACCUGACCAAAGACAUUGGCAGGGAUGUUGGCGCUCAAGAUACCAUUAGCACCAACAAAGGCCUUGACAGGGGUCACUGUCAAUCCAUUGAUGAAGUGAAGGUAGUAAGCCGUGUUGGGCUGCAAUGUGAUGUUGGCCUUGAAGGUGAUGUAGUCGUUUGUGACGUCCAAACCAGAGGCGGGCACACCGGCCGUCACCAUCAAGGUAGGGAAGGCCUUGACUGGGAGUGCUGGGUUGGUUGCCGGGCACGACGUGAUGAAGGCCGAAGCGAGGGAGUACACCUCGUUGAAGUCAAGGGGUGUGUCGAA